AAAUUUAGUUGGCCUCAGUUUACUACAAAAUAAAUUCUCUCUCAUCUCCAUAAAUAAACCUCAAACCUUCACUUCAUUUCUCUCUCUAGAUUCUUCCCCAUCAUGCAAGAACAUCAUCUCUUUGCGCCAUUUCAAACACCUUCCUUUUUCCCAGAUUCUUUUCCAGAAAUGGAUCAGAUUCGGAGCCAAACGCUGCAAAAUUCUGUGCCUAAAUUUGAGGAAGAUUGCAAAGUUGAUAACAGCAGAAACAAAAGAGGAAAUUAUGAGAGGAGAAAAAUGAGUUUUCCGCAGCGGUUUGCGUUUCAGACAAGGAGCCAAGAGGAUAUACUUGAUGAUGGCUAUCGCUGGAGAAAAUAUGGCCAAAAAUCUGUCAAGAAUAGCAAGUUUCCUAGGAGCUACUAUCGAUGCACGCACCCCACAUGCAAUGUGAAGAAACAAGUAGAGAGGCUAAGCAAAGACAGCAGCAUUGUUAUGACAACCUACGAGGGAACUCACAACCAUCCAUCUGAGAAGCUCAUGCAAUCUCUAACUCCUCUUCUUCAACAGAUUCACUUCCUCACUUCUGCUAAUAAAUCAUCUAUAGUUUAACUCCUAUAAUUUAUCAUGUAAUUUCAACUUUCAACAAUGCAUUAAUUUAGUUUAAUAUUCUCUACGUAUUAUGUACGCCCUCCUAAUUUUAUUUAAUGAUAAUUAAAAAAAUAUAAUUAA